AUGUCGAGACCCGAACAGGAAGCGCCACAAUCGGCGUCCACCGGACAUGACAACCGCGACGAGGAGGACGUAUCGUCCCCCAGGUCUCGGCGACCCGUGUCGUAUCCGUGCGGCCCGGAAAGCAGCGUCGAGCUCGACGUCUUCAAUCCGCAAAAGAGACUUUCGGAUCCGCUGCGACCGCCUCCGUCGAAGAACAGGACCCAGGUGAAACCCUUCACCAAGGAGUCGUUGGAGAAGUUGCAGAAAAAGACUGUGCAACUGGUGCGGGAGUACGGCUUCCAGCCGAGGAGGAAGUUGAGUGUCGAGGACGGGUCGCGAUUGCCGGCAAAGUUUGAACCGUUUCCCACCAAGCUGUAUGGCAGGCCAUUGGAGGAGAUCGACAAUUUCAUAUAUGAUGAGGUGGGUGCGCGCAUGCGUGUUACCGCUUCGAAUAGAUUUUCUUUGCUUUAA